AUGACGAAGACCCCGACACGACAAACCAUGUCUUCCUCAUGUCAAGAGUCGUGGCGGGUGUCGUGGUGUCGUCUCGAUCUGAGAGUGUUUUAUUCAGACGACCAGCAUCAGCUUGGAUUCGUGGUAGCAGCUUACGCUGCGGUGGCAGGCGAUGUCGCUCGAGAGCAUGCGCGGAGGGAGCACAAACGAUUGGUUGAUUUCUCAGCACCCUUGCUGCUCAUCGUCCGUCUCCUGGAUGUCACCAUCCGUGACGCGGCUGGCAUGCUCAGACCCGGCCAAGUCGACAAACACGACGGCAAAACGCGGUCGCUCACGAGCUCCAUCUAG